AUGGACGAGCUGGCAGGUGAACCCCUGAGACUUCUGUGCAGUCUCCCAGGCAUCGAAGCCAAUGUCAUCAGCUUGAUCCAGCAAUUGUCGUCGUAUGUUAGUGAGUCUAGAGAUAGAGAGGAGCGCGUGAAACGGCGUGUGGAUGAGCUAUGUGCACACGUUUCGGAGUUACGAGGCGAACUGAGCUCCUUGAGGCAGUCCGCCAUUGCCCCCAUGCAUGUCGACCAACAGCAACAAAAAGGCGAGGAGGUCAAGGAGAGUGCAGCUAGUAGUACGAAUAGUACCCCCAAUCAGCAGCUCACGAUAUUUAGUAGCAAACUGAUCAGCAAGGCUGAUGGCAAGGUCGGUGCUCGUGUGACGAUCAGCCGAGCCUCAGUUGAAGCCCUCACACAGCCAAACUUCUGGCCCAGGCCUGUUUAUGCACGCCCAUGGGUUUUUCGUGAUGACCAGAGAAACGCAGCAGACAAGCAACAACAGGAGCAACAGCAGAAGACACAGGAAAAUCAGCACCAGGAAUCUACCCUAAGUCUUGAACAGAGAAACACAGCAGACCAGCAGCAGCAGAAGAAACGGCAGGAGGAGCACCAGAAGACACAGGAAAAUCAGCAUCAGGAAUCUACACCUGAAGAGCACCAGCAUUUACAGACAGAACAGCAGAACCUGCAUACUGCAUCUAGUGACAGCCAAUGCCCUGCAUCCAGUGACAGCCAAUGCCCUGCGUCUAAUGACAGCCAAUGCCCUGCGUCCAGUGACAGCCAAUGCCCUGCGCCUAAUGACAGCCAAAGCCCUGCAUCUAAUGAUGUCCAGCAGGACAGUGGCCAGCACCAGCCCAAGCUUCAAGAUACGUCAACUGCGUCUGCUCCAGCCAAAGCCACGCCACCUCGCCCUGGAAAGCGUCAUGCAGAAGAUUCCCCUGGAUCCAUGUCGGGAAUACCAUGCAAAAUGCAACCUUCAUCUAGCUCUCAAUGA